AUGGCCGCCGUGCAAGUCAGCCAAGCCGAAGCCGAAGAAUACUUCAAAGAGGCUCUAGGUACACUGGCCUGGUGGACUAAUCAGAGCGACCUCGCCGACUCACUGAUCAAACUUCCUGAAGACCCUCGUUUCCAAACCAAUCCAUUCAGCGACGACGAAGUGCGAGACAUCAUUCGCAGCCUCACCCCCACCCUCUUCAACGCCAUUGGAGUCUCUGUCUUCGUGUAUCCCUAUGAGCGCUACAAGAAGAAAUACUUCGCGGCACGCGGUACUGUCGACGGCGCCAGCCGCGCCUUCGCUGCCGCGACGUGGUCAACCCAGGCCGCCUUUGCAGCGAGAUUCCCGCAGAGCACCGUGCAAGUCUGGAAUGCGCCGGGAGCUGGUGCAAGCUGGGCCGCAGAUUGUGUCAGGAACUCUUUUGCUCAUGCGCAGAGCAGUCUUGUGAAGGUCAAUAACGGGACAAAAUUGGAAAUCUGGAAUUCGCAAACUGGCGAGAGGGCAACGGCUAAUUUCCGGGUGCUGAUGGAUCCGAACGACUUUUUGCUGUUGGUGAAGGAUUGGACGGAAGCUUUUUUGCUGAACGCUACAGCGUUGAACCAUUUGGAACCAUUGCAGAAGUUGCUGACACAAUUGCUUUAG